AUGCAAGAGGCCUGUCAACGCGGCGACUUCGACAGAGGUGAGGAAGAGCACGAGGAGGGAGAUACCGUUUUCUUGCCGACAGGAGACAACAAAGACUUCCGACUGUUUCGGGCGAAACUGAGGGCCGGAUCUGACGAGAAGUGGAAAGAGCAGCUUCGAAGAAACGUUAACGUCGGGCAACUCGCGGGGCAGGAUGCCUGGGCGCACGAGCUCAGCGCCCCCGAAAAGGGCUGCCUUAUCAUUGCCAAGAGCACCCAGUUCAGCAUGGCCCAAACGUACUUCAACGAGGCUGUAAUUUUCUUGGCGAGCUACGACGAGGCCGGGUCGGCAGGGUUCAUCCUUAAUAGACCAACUUCCGUGCAGCUGGGAGACUUGGUCGAGGGCAACGCGCUGCGGCAGUUUCAAAAAAGCCCCCUUUACCUAGGGGGCGACGUCGUGUCUUCCCGAAAGCAAGGGCAAAUCGAUUGUUCCACUUCGCACGAAUCGUCUCGCCUCCCCCCUUCCACCGUGGUGUUCGCUGCGCCCCUCUCGCCGGACCGGUUGUCCGCUCCGCAGGUCUACAUCGGCGGAGCGGUGGACGAGGCUGACCGCAUGGUGGCAUCUGGGAGAGCCAAAGUAGACGACUUCAAGUUUAUGCUGCACCUGUGCGGCUGGGCGCCGGGGCAGCUAGAGGACGAGAUUCAAAGAGGCGUGUGGAUGCCCGUAGCGACGUCGACCAACGUGAGUUGCAAGAACAAUUGGCGUCAAGUGAUAUUGAAGCACUGCCUAUCGCUGCCGGUUCCGAUGUGGAGAGAGGUCAUGACCCUUAUGGGCCCCAAGUACGGCCUGCUCGCGAGGGACACGUACGACGACCUGUGAUUCUACUCCUAUUCGUUGAGACGGGAUAUUUCCUGUCGAAGGUCACUUGGCAAGACUCGGAAAAAGUGUAACCACCCUUUUCGGAACCUGGGUAUGGCGACGUUGCGGUCCGCUUUGUUACAUUUUUUUGCUUCCCAAGCGCUAGCAGUCAGCCGCAGUUUUGAGCUCAGAGUGCGCCGUCUAAGAACAAAGUAUCAGCACCCUCUUCGCCGGUAAUGUGCCGUUGUCGAACCUUGUAUUAUUGUCUUCCAACACAACUGUAGUGUGCGACAUGUACAGCCGGAGCUCAGGGAAGCAAUGCACAAUCUGUAUAUAGGUAGCUAUACUCGACUGUUGUGUCACCCCUCUUGUAGGUAGGCCACUAUGGGCGCAAGAUAUUUGCAGAGCUGUCAACAAACUUGAAGAGGGUUCAGCCCGAUUUGCUUGUAUUUCUGUGCAACGAUUCUUAGCGGUUACCGAAGAAGCGGUUACGUACCAGGCGGGCACGGUGUCAAGCAUGAUCAGGUUCUCGGCGCGGGCUGUUGGCUCGUUGUACUUGUCCGCUUCGCGCUUUUGAGCUCUGCCAGGUAUGCAUCAGGACUUUUUUUCGUUGGUCACCCGGCUAGCGCGCGCAGUCGACGCCAUGACUAGAAUGAGUGUGUAGCCCCCUCGCCGAUGCGACAAACGUCCUUUUCACUGUUAAGCCGGUAAGCGUGGUCGACGCCGACUACAGUAGAACAGACCAGUUACGCUACAAGGUUCUUGUGUGUAAGCCUAGACGCCAUGCAUGUUGUAGAUAAAAGAUGUAAAUUGUCCAUCUCUUCGCUCGAUCAACUCGUUUAGACGGCACGCAAUGCACACACCUUCCAGCCAGCCCCUCCUUCGAUUUUUACUGCCCAGACCUUUGCUAUUGUGCGAAACCUUAUCACAAGAGACCAGUAGUCACGUCACAGCCUGAACCUCGGCAUCCGGCAUCGAUCGGCCAUUCUCUUCGCUUGGAGGCAUCUUGAUCUCAUCCAUCAGCAUGCAACGUUACCACCGACCUCCCCCACACACCCUCACUCCCCGCGCGAGAAAAAAUAUUCCACAACUGAUGUCACCCACCAGAAAUUUGCCCAACUCGUCACUCCUAGUUUUUCGCACCACAGUCAUUCAUCGUUGUCUAUACAUGCCACUCAAUAUCGACGCCACAAAGAUUACGCGCUCGAUGCCCGGAAAAAACUUCAAGAAUUACCCAGAUGAAUAUACACAACCACGGAUACCCUAGUACGAAACCAGAAAAAGUACGGAGUAGACAGUACCGGGUAGGCACGCUUUGGUCAUCAUCCGGUUCUGUAGGGUAUGAUACGAACUGCGGAAACCCGUUAGACACCGUCCACGUGGCAUACCUUCGGCACAUAGAACUAGAUGAAGAGCAUACAAAUUCUCCGGCCGCUGACUCUCGAAGCUGGAUGGGGUGUCAUAAGACACGUGGACUACCCGUUGCUUCUCCAGCACUUGUUUGGUGCCACUAACGUUUGCACCACAAACACCACUAGCACAUCACAGGACAUACCCUCGAGUACAGAAGGGCAACGGGGUCGAACCACACAUCGAACAUGAAAUCAACAACACAUGAAUCGCCUUUCCCUGAAGCGUACGAUCUCGGGGAACCGCAGAAGAAUGGUGAAGCCGCCUGCUCCCAGCUCCUUUUACCAAUGACGCGAGCCCGCACAUUGUCGGCGUCACUACAAUACGAGCAGGGACGCCCAGUCUCGAAAGAGGGGGUGUGGGUGUACUCAUAGUC